ACAGACGGGUCACAAUAUUCCGUUGUCUAGGUGGAGCAGUCUAGGUGGAGUAGUUAGGGUGUGUCAGACCACACACGUCACUUUCUCUAGUUUCAUGUGUCGGGCUGGACAUUUUAGGACAGGGAGUCGUCUAGCGACUAACACAACCUACCUGGACCCUUUACAAAAGCGCGUGUCGAAGUUUUUUUUUUUAUCUGUCCAACAAUUCGACACAAAACAGCUGAUCUAUCACGACUCAAAUUCAUAUCGACGGAAGACAGUUUGAAGUUAGUGAACCCAUUGGAGGGAGACAAAUAAUAAACAGACCUUUGUGGAAAUGGCAGCAACAUGGCAUUUACACAUUUACAUGUUAUUCAUCACAAUGCUUUCCGUUGGGAACGCAUGGUUUCUCCCCAUUUCCAUCCGAGUAUUCGUGCCAGAGACGAUCCCGACCGGUUAUGAAAUUAAAGUGGAUAGCCUCAACACCACCGAGGCAUUACAGUUCGCAUCGAGCGAUGGUAAUUUCUCGGUUGGAAGAGGAGCCAUCUUUGCGUUAUCCAGCACUGUGGUCCCGCUGACGGGUUGCCGGUUCUCGGUACGUGCGCUGGACGCUAGCGGAAACACUAACGUCAUGGAAGUCAAUCUGCUCCGUGAGCCGAGUGCAGCGCCUUCAAGACUGGUGGAGAGGCGGAUCAGGCGCUUCCUGAAGCGGGCCAAGAGAGUGUGGAGACCGCCACCGUUCAACAUCAUGGAAAACGGCAAGGGGCCUUUUCCGAAAGACCUCGACCAUAUUGGGUCGAACACGGCGAUGAACCACUCAGUGUACUACACCGCCGAGGGGCCGGGGGUGACCAUGACUCCGGUCGGGCUUCUCAGCCUGAGCAGAGAAGGAAAGUUGAAGGUCCACAGGGCGAUCGACCGGGAGGUGUACCCCCAGUUAGAAUUUACGGCCAGAGUUUAUAAAUUAGGCACCAACGAAGAGACAGACAAACCGCUGAUUGUCACUGUCAUCGUGGACGAUGAGAAUGACAACAAACCUGAAUUCGUGGGCCCUCUUUUGUUCAAAGUGCCCGAGGCCUCCAAACCAGGAAAAGUAGUGGGCCGGGUCCAGUCCACCGAUAAGGACCAAGCCAACACCCUUCACACCAAGAUCAGCUACUCUCUCUUGACGGGGGGGGAUCUGUUCUCCAUCAAUGCCGAGUCUGGCUUCAUUAUAGUGAAGAGCGACCAACUGGACCGAGAGACCCUGGAGAAACAUUUGGUGACAGUGCAAAUCAAAGACAUGGGUGGUAGUCAAAACGGGUUGGUGAACACAGCCACGGCCACCAUUACUCUGGAAGACAUCAACGACAACGCUCCGAAGUUCACACAGCAAUCGUACGAUACAAACGUCGACGAGAACGAAGAAGGAAUGCUUAUCCUCCGGAUUCCGGUCGAAGACAAGGACGCGCCGAAAACACCCAACUCGGAGGCUGUGUUUAGAAUCACAGAAGGAAAUGAAGAUAACCACUUCAGGAUCGAAACAGAUCCUGUGACCAAUGAAGGGCUGCUGUACGUAGCCAAGUCUCUGGACUACGAGAAAACCAAGAAGGUGGAUCUAAAGAUCCAGGCGCAGAAUAAGGCCCCCUUGGAGGGCGUCACGGCCACCUGGCUCAGCAUUCCCGUGGCGGUCGGGGUGAACAACGUCGACGAGGGCCCCGAGUUCAGGGCCCCCAACAUCCGCCUCAUCGUGAAGGAGAACACACCCAACGGCACCGUCAUCGGUAGCUACGUUGCUAAGGAUCCCGAAACCAGCAGUGCCGGCGGCAUCAAGUACUACAAGGUCACCGAUCCCGCCGGAUGGGUCACUGUGGACGUGAACAGCGGGGAGCUGAUGGUGGCCAACACCAUUGACAGGGAAGCGCCUCAUGUCGUACAAGGGGUCUACAACAUCACCAUGAGGGCCGUGGAUGCGAACAAGAAGUCCGCCGUGGGGACGGUGACCCUGGUUGUGGAAGACGAGAACGAUAAUAUCCCAAUGCUCCCCAGCAAAGAGAUGUUUUUGUGUGAGAGGGAGGGCCAUCUUGGCUCCGUGGUGCUCAAAGCCUUCGACCCUGACAGCAGUCCCUUCGGCGCGCCCUUUAUCUUCAACCUCCCCCAAGACAAUGACGGCAAUUGGGUGUUGACGAACGUAAACGCUACGCAGGCUACCUUGGAGCAGAAAAAAGAGCUCCCAUUGGGGAUCUACAGCGUGCCCGUAAUGGUGACAGACCUGCAGGGGUCGGGCACUGUACAGACGGUCAAGGUGAAGUUAUGCCACUGCAGCAGAGGGGUCUGUGUGCCCACGAGCUAUAGCAUUGGCCUGGGCCCCCUCGGGAUCCUGACUCUUCUGCUGCCCCUGCUGCUGCUGCUGCUGCUAGGGAUCCUCCUCGCGCUGUUCUGUGCCACAAAGCAUGAGAAGAUGGAGAUGGAAGACGCGGGAGACACCGGUGGCAUCUUGCUCAAAUCUAACAUUGAGGUCCCGGGGGAGGAAGUGGUGGAUUCCAAACUCCUCCUCUGUCCCGGGUACGACAUGCCGGGCUCGGUGAAGGGUUCAAUGAUUAACGUGGGCUGGCCGGGCAACAAGAGCUCAAGCACCAUCGGCACCCUAGACAACCGCCAGCACCUGGUGCAGGGCUUCAGACAGAACACCUUCUCCAAGGGCCAGUUCACCAACAGCCAGUACGGCACAGGCCAGUUUGGCCAGUUUGAGGAGACACAGUACAUGGACAACAACAUGGCAGUCAACAAUCUACAGUUCUCCCAGGACGAGUCGGCGCUGUACCAAACCUGGGCGACCAACGGCAUUUACCUCGAAGAGAAGCUGGCCUACCUGGACACGGACCCUGACGCCGAAGGGGCAGAGGACGUUCUGCACCCCUACGGGUUCGAGGGGGUGGGCUCUCUGGCCGGCUCGGUGGGAUGCUGCAGUGACAUUGACCAUAAGGAGGACCUGAACUUCCUCGACACACUGGGGCCAAAGUUCAAAACCCUGGCCAGCGUGUGCACCAAGAAGUGAACAAGGGGCCACCACGAAUCGUUGUUCGUUUAUUGUUGUUUUUUUGGGGGGUUUUCUCUUCAAAGAUGCGCUGUGUCGCAGGCGGAUGUGGAUUUUUGGGGGGUACAUGGGACAUGAUGGAGAGGAAGGAGUUAAAGCAAAUGGGUUUGCAUCUACACACACACACGGGCACACACACACACGCAAACUAGUCCGCACACUGAACUGUUUAUCUUUUUAUAUUUUUUAUUCUGUCCAACAAAAACUUUGCACUGAAAACCAGUUAUGUAGAUAUACGUUUUUUUUUAACGAGAUUGUAUUUUCAGUUUUUUGGGCUGUUGGAGUCAUGGGGCGGUGUUGAUUAACGGUUAUCCCACCGCCAUGUUCGCAGGAGAGGUGAGGUUUACCUUUUUACUUUUUACAUAAAUUAUCCAAUGUUUAGAUUAGGCCUAGUUUUCAGGGCUGAACUGCACCAAACAAAUACCAGUUCCCGACGAGAAGCUAACGUCUUUGUUUACGAGGACCGAUGUCACCGCUGUCAACCGCGAUGACGCGAGCGGGUUUCGGGGAGUAUAGCGCUUAGAGCGCACACACGCGGCGUAAGGGUGUUGAUGUGCAGCUCUGAGCCGCAGGUCAGGAGGGGCGCGUCAGGGAGCGUCUGCCUGCAGCUAAUCCCUGUGAAAGGCUGCAAGAGGGUGCGACUGGGAGGCCAGGGUUUGGCCGGCGAGCUGACACUAAUUCGUCACAAAAAGAAGAAGAGAAAGAACAGAAAGAAAUGCCAAGUCUAUGACUAAAUGUACGUGUAAAGAUUGCGAAAAACGACCAAACAAAAACCCUCACCCAGUACCAAGUGAUGCAAUAAAGUUAUAAAUGUCAUUGGAUGUUACAUUUCCUUUUUUACAUUUCUUUAUUUUAUGUAGGCCUAUUGUAUUGAUAAUUGUAGCAACUGCACCAUUAUGCUACCAACUGUGAACAAACCCUGGUUUAUGAGAUCCAUGCCAGCAUGUGCUAUGUUCGAGCCCUUAGGGAUUAGGAAGCCUCUUGGUAUUUGCCUGCAAGACAUGAGACAUCAGAGACUGCUGACAUCGAAGAAACUGUCGUC